AACAGUUGAAAAAAAAAGCCUCCUCGUGAGCGGCGCCUUCAUCACGUGACCAAGUGGGCGUAUUUAAGCCCCUGGCGCGAGAUCUGCAGAGAGAGAAAAAAGGCAGAACCAGCGACGAGGAGAAGCUAAACGGCGGUCUCUUGAACAAAAAUGAGUCUCACUGGAAAAGCAAAUCGCAGCCAACAGAUGUCUAAAGAAAAUGCAGUGAGCUUUUUCACAUCAUCUCAGAAGACAAUGGGACCCCCCAGGCAAACCCUGCAGAUCCUCCAACAGUCGGCUGUCAACAAGGAUUUGGGGAGGUCAGCUCAGACAGGAAAGCUCAAUUCCAAGCGGAAAAAUUGGACAGCAGAGCAAACUAGAGGUACAAAGAGAGUGAAGGUAGAAGUAAAGUCCACACAAACAGAAGAAGCUGACUGUUUACCAGAUGGCAUGUCCCAUGAAGCGUAUGAGCUUUUGGUCAAAGAAACUCCUCCUUCUGCUUACUGGGAAGAGCUAGCUGAGGAGCGACGGAAGGCCUUGUACAAUGUUCUACAGGAGAAUGAGAAGUUACAGAAAGACAUUGAGGCCAAAGAUGAACAAAUAUCAAAGCUUCUGAGUGAAAAUGAAGAGCUGCAGGAGCUGGCUCAGCAUGUACAGUACAUGGCUGAUAUGAUUGAGAGGCUGACUGGGAGGGGUCCAGACAAUUUGGAGGAACUGAAGGAGCUUGCCCUUGAUGUGGAAAAGGACAAUGAGCAUGAAGACAACAAUGAAGAGGCUGAUAAGAGACUCAAAGAGGAGACUGAUUACAGUGAAAGUGAUGCAGGUGAGGAGCAAACGUCAGACCACGAACAAGCAGGACCCUCAGGAGAGCAGGACUAACUUCCAGCUCUGAGUGUCAUGAGACAUCAUAUUUUAACCUGAGCAAGUUUUGACUGCAGCAGGUUGUCAUCUAUUUGAGGGAGAUGGGACUUCAAAGUAAUUUUUUUUGAAUACCCUCACCUUCACUUGCAGUUUAAUAUUUUUGCAUGUUGUCGAUGGUUGAUUUGUAUUAUUUUAGUUAAUUUUUUUUUUUUUUUUUUUUUUUUU